GAGCUAUCGAGCCGGUCGGCCAAUGGCAGCGUGCUGUCUGCCACGUUUCAAGGUGGCAGGUUGGCUUGUCAUGACACGUACGUGUCGUGCGGGAAAACAUCGGGCCGCCGUGAGGAGUGAUCGCCGCGUACCGUCCCCACGCCGUCGUCGCCGGGAAGAUGCAGAUGCUACGGCAGCUGGACGUGCACCCGAAGGUGCGCGAGGAGGCCGAUAUCCUCGUGAGGACCUUCAGCGGCGCCAUCGUUACAAUCAUUAGUACAAUCAUCAUGGGCAUACUGUUUUUGUCAGAGGUAAACUAUUAUCUUACACCAACUAUGAGCGAGGAAUUAUUUGUAGAUACAUCCAGGGGUUCUAAACUGAGAAUCAACUUGGAUAUAAUAGUCCCCGCUAUAUCUUGCGAUCUUUUGUCGAUAGACGCUAUGGACACGACGGGCGAGCAGCAUUUGCACAUAGAGCACAAUAUUUUUAAGAGACGGUUAGACCUAAAUGGCAAACCCAUAGAGGAUCCACAAAGAACAAAUAUUACAGACGCAAAGGCCGUCAGUAAGACUACAGAGAAGCCAGUGGAGAUCGGCUCCACCACAGAGGCCUGUGGAGACUGCUACGGGGCAGCCACGGACACUAUAAAAUGUUGCAAUACCUGCGAGGACGUGUGGGAGGCCUAUAGACGCAAAAAGUGGGCUCCGCCGGAUCCGGCUAACAUCAAGCAGUGUCAGAAUGACAAGUCCAUGGAGAAACUCAAGCAUGCCUUCACGCAAGGCUGUCAAAUCUAUGGCUACAUGGAAGUGAAUAGAGUCGGUGGUAGUUUUCACAUCGCGCCAGGCGUCAGUUUCUCGGUCAAUCACGUUCAUGUGCACGACGUUCAACCUUACACUUCGUCCCACUUCAAUAUGACGCACAAUAUCAGACACUUGAGUUUCGGGCUCAACAUCCCGGGGAAAACGAAUCCUAUGGAUGGCAUGACUGUAGUCGCCAUGGAAGGCGCUAUGAUGUUUUAUCAUUACAUCAAGAUCGUCCCGACGACGUACGUCCGCACGGACGGCUCGACCCUCCUCACGAAUCAGUUUUCCGUAACGCGGCACGCGAAGCAGGUGUCCCUGCUCAGCGGCGAGUCCGGGAUGCCGGGUAUAUUCUUCAACUACGAGCUGAGCCCGCUCAUGGUGAAGUACACGGAGAAGGCGAAGUCGUUCGGGCACUUCGCGACGAACACUUGCGCGAUCAUCGGCGGCGUAUUCACCGUGGCCGGUCUGAUCGAUUCGCUGCUCUAUCAUUCGGUGCGUGCGAUACAGAGGAAGAUUGAGUUAGGGAAGUACAAUUAAAUACACUUUGGGCCUGGAUGCCAGCAGCAUUGAUUAUCGCCGAUCCUAAUUCUGUUCUUCUCUCGCGUUAAGAUCGACCGUAUCGGUGACGUAUCUUCUCCAAAAAAAAGCGAGGUGGAUGAUCGCUGAAAAUGGAUUGGUGUUAAUCGUUGACGCGACACGGCCUUAGGCGAAUAAUAAUAAUAAUCCGAUUGAUAAAAAAAAAUAUAUUAAAAAUACCCGAUUUUCCAUUGGAGGCCAAAUUUUCUGGACUUGCAUCGCGCGACUUUUACCUGGGUAAGACUGUUUUCAUCUCGCGUUUAUAUAAGUAUUGCAAAUAUAUUGACCGACGAUACUUAGCGUUAUAAGCGCAACUGCGAAUAUCUUACAUUGUUUUUUUUUUUCUUAUAAAAAAGAAAAAUCAUACAUAACUUAUCAAUAGUGGCGUAUGCGUUAUCUAUAAUACUUCUUUACUUUUUUUUGUUAUUUAAAGAAUGAUAAUCUUAGUUUUAACAAAUGCGAUGUAAAGAAAACCUAUUUAUACGUGAUGUACAUAAAAAUCAGCAAAAUAUAUAAGAGCCUAUUGAGGUCUCAUGGAAACAGGAA